AUGCUGGAAGAGGAGCGCUAUGAGAAGAAGUUCGGCACGCCCUUCGAGACGAUCACCGGCAUCGGCGAUUUCGCCUCAAAAUCUCAUUUUUAUUCGGAUCUGAUCUGCAAGAUUAAGAGGGAGGAUCUGCAGCUUCAUCCUGGCGUACGCGACGCCGAAUCGACACGAGAAGCCGAUCAACAGCCGGCCGCGUACAUCGUGCUCAUCGAGACCGGAAGCCGCCCAGCCGCCCACCUACUUUGUGCCCAAGUUCAGGCCCGCCCGCUUGCCCCGGCAGCGCAAGUUCCCGUCGCCCCAGCUGCAAAUUAUGCCGAGGUUUUUCUAAUCGAG